CUUACCCACAAGCUCCACCUUCUGGCUCUAGAAUUUAUUGGCCAUCCACCCCAGAGUACCUCAAUGGGUGUGGUUCCAGAGGCUGAGAGGCAGAAAGGAACUGCUUUGUCCCCGUUAGCCACUUUCACUGUGAGCAAGUAGGCCAUUUCUUCCACCUCUCGGGGCUGAAAAAAAUCUGAUGGCAGGCUAUGACAACAGGCUUCUCCCAAUGGCUCUCAAGGGAUUCAGGGCCAAGAAGAGACUCCUGUGGUGGCUCUUCCUGUCCGCAUCUGGUGUCUUAGGCCUGUACCUAUUUGGGUUCCGCAUUCUCAGGCACUUAGAAACCCUCAUCCCCAUGGGCGUUUGCCCUGCAGCCACCACGCCUCUGCUGAAGGACAAUUUCACGGGUGCUCUGCACCACAGGGCCCGGCCUGAAGUCCUGACCUGUACCUCUUGGGGAGCCCCAAUUAUCUGGGAUGGCACCUUCGACCCACAUGUAGCUGAGCAAGAGGCGAGACGGCAGAACCUCACCGUUGGACUGACUGUCUUCGCUGUAGGCAGGUACCUGGAGAAGUACCUGAAACGCUUUCUGGAAUCGGCAGAACAGUACUUCAUGGUGGGCCAGAACGUGGUGUAUUACGUGUUCACCGAUCGCCCUGAAGCAAUGCCCUACGUGGCGCUGGGCCAGAGUCGCCUGCUGAGGGUGGAAUUUGUGCAGCGAGAGAGGCGCUGGCAGGACGUGUCCAUGGCGCGCAUGCGCACUCUACACGAGGCGCUGGGAAAGCAGCUGGGCCAAGAAGCUGACUAUGUGUUCUGCCUGGACGUGGACCAGUACUUUGCCGGUAACUUCGGGCCCGAGGCGCUGGCCGACUUGGUGGGACAGCUGCAUGCCUGGCACUAUCGCUGGCCCCGGUGGCUGCUGCCCUACGAGCGGGACAAGCGAUCGGCUGCCGCGCUGUCGUGGGGGGAAGGGGACUUCUACUACCACGCCGCGGUAUUCGGAGGCACCGUGAAGGCGCUACGCAAGCUGACGGCCCACUGUGACCUUGGCCAACAGCUGGACCGUGAGCGCGGCAUCGAGGCGCUCUGGCAAGACGAGAGCCACCUCAACAAGUUCUUCUGGCUGUAUAAGCCCAGCAAGCUGCUGUCGCCUGAGUUCUGCUGGGCCCAGCCUAUUGGCUGGAGGACAGAGAUCCACCACCCUCGCCUGCUCUGGGCGCCCAAGGAGUAUACACUGGUGCGAACCUAGCAGGUCCACCCUGGCCAGCCAGGUGCAAGAGCGUCUUUGGCACUGCGGGUAUGGAAUACGGACUGUAGGAUGUUUCAAAACCAUGAAGGCAGUUAGAGCUGGUAACACAGUCUCUGGAAGAGGGACUUUGGAACUCAGAGGUAUUGAAAAGAGGCUAGGUACCUGGGGCCUAUAGACCCUUAGUCACCAACUUGUUAGAGAGCCCUUUAGCUCAACCAAGAUGCAAUUUUUUUUUUAAUUUAUAAGUUUAUUUUAUGAGUAAUAUUUUAAACAGACAGAGUAGUUAAUAAUCUUUCUAAAAGAUCUGGGUAUGGGGCUAGAGAGAUAGUUCAAAGCCACCUUGCAGAGGACCUGGGUUCUGUUCACAACACAUCUA